AUGGGCACUCUUGUUCCUCUGAACGGAGGAAUUGUUCGCUACGCUGAGUACUUUGUUGACCCAGCAUUGGCGUUUGCCAAUGGAUACAACGUUGUCUAUUCUUACCUCGUGUCCAUUCCUGCCGAGCUUGUGGCCGCUGCUGUUUUGGUUCAGUUUUGGUCUGAUCUCAGCAGUGCGAUUUGGAUCACUAUCUUUGGGUUGGUCAUGUUGUGCACUGCUCUUGUCUUUGUUCGGGUGUAUGGAGAGCUUGAGUUUUUUUUCUCCAUAAUGAAAAUCUUGCUCAUCAUUGGCGUCAACAUCAUGGCUCUUGUUAUCACCUGUGGUGGCGGUCCUGACCAUCAAUCCAUCGGGUUUCAAUAUUGGCGUAAUCCUGGGCCUUUGGUUCAAUAUCUGGGGAUUGGCGGCGCCCUUGGUCGUUUUCUCGGUGUUUGGACAUCCCUGAACAGUGCCCUCUAUGCAUAUUCAGGCAUAGAAACAAUUACAGUCGCGGCCGCAGAGACAAAAUCACCGAGACAGGCCAUUCCACUAGCGGCCAAAAGAAUAUUUUUCCGUAUCUUGAUCUUUUAUGUAAUCUCAAUCUUCAUGGUCGGCCUCGUGGUUCCAUCCAAUGAUUCAAGUCUCAGCAAUUCUACUGGCACGGCUUCCGAAUCUCCUUUUGUUAUUGCAGCUACUCUAGCGGGGAUCAAGGUAGUCCCAUCAAUCAUCAACGCUGUCAUUAUCACUUCAGCCUGGUCUUCAGGCAACUCCAAUAUCCUCGGAGGAUCGAGAGUUUUGGUUGGACUGGCCAUGAAUGGUCAAGCUCCAAAGUUCUUUACUCGACUGAACAGAUUCAAGGUUCCCUGGGUCGCGAUAAUGCUCUAUGGCCUGUUCAUGUGUCUGGGAUACAUGUCUCUGUCUGCGACGGCAAGCACCGUGUUUGACUGGCUGCAAGACCUUGUAUCCAUCACUACCCUAACCAACUGGCUCAGCAUAUUGGUCACGUAUCUUCGCUUUUACUAUGGCUGCGAGAAACAAGGAAUCUCUCGGAACUCCCUACCUUGGGCUACACCGUUACAACCAUAUAUCAGCUGGGCUUCGCUGAUAAUGCUAGUCCUUCUGCUCAUCACUGGCGGCUAUUCCACCUUUAUUAAAGGGCACUGGGAUAACGAAACCUUUGUCUCCUCAUAUAUUAACAUUCCGCUUUUCCUGAUCCUGUACUUUGGGUACAAGUUCAUCCACAAGACAAAGAUUGUCCCCCUGGAAGACAUUCCUAUUCAGCCCUUUAUCGAUAUAGCCAAUCGCAAUCCCGAGCCGCAACCAAAGCCAAAGAAAGGCCUUCGCAAGCUGAACAUCUUGUGGAACUGA